UUUUAAAAUUGAAAAUUUAGGACAUUGUUCCACGGAGCUUAGAGAUUCAAAAGGAACCAUUGUAAAGCUUCCAAAGCAUACAGUCACAAUUGAAAAAAAAUUGGCUGAAGGUGGCUUUGCAAUAGUAUUUCUCGCAACAGACAAACAUAAUCGGCAUUACGCGCUAAAAAGGCAGUUUAUAAAUGAUGAUCCAAGACAGCUGGAAGCUUGUCAACGGGAAUGUCGUAUCAGUUGUUUAUCCGGUCAUAAAAAUAUUGUAGCAUAUGCUGAUCAUUUACUUACCAAGAAUUCUUCCGGUGUUUAUGAAUAUUCGUUAUUAACGGCUUAUUAUAAAAAUAGUGUGCUUCAACUUAUGAAUGAACGGUUAAGCAGUGGUCGUUGUUUAUCAUCCAAAGAAAUUCUCUCGAUAUUUUGUGAUAUAUGUGAAGCCGUUGCUCGACUUCAUCAUUCACAAACACCGGUCAUUCAUCGAGAUCUUAAGGUUGAAAAUGUCCUUAUAGAUGAUCGUCGUCGCGGUGUUCAACCAUUUUAUGUUUUGUGUGAUUUUGGAAGUGCUACUACAAAGGUUCUUUCGGCUGAAACCCACUCGUUGCAGUAUAUAGAGGAAGACAUAAAUCGAUAUACUACUAUAAGUUAUCGAGCUCCAGAAAUGAUCGAUCUUUGUUCGUGUCAACCUAUUGGAACUAAAAGCGACAUAUGGGCAUUGGGAGUUAUGCUGUACAAACUGUGCUAUUUUAUUUUGCCUUUCGGCGAAAAUUCUUUAGCAAUUCAAAAUUGUUCUUAUAAUUUUCCUUCUCAGCCGGUUUAUUCCGACGAACUUCAAGCAAUUAUCAAAUGUCUACUGGAUGUUAAUAUUGAUCACCGUCCAGAUAUCUUUCAGACAGCGUCAUUAGCUUUUGAGGCUGAUGGUCGAAUUUCGCCCAUUGGCAAUCUUAAUGUUUGA